CUUGACGUAGGUACCAGGAUACCGCCUUGCCCACCUGCCCUCAUGCCCGCAGCCUCAAGGCUCACCUGGGCAUGGUCCAGAGCCUGACUGUGGCACUUAAUAACACUGCACUGAUGGCUCUCUCACUUUCUCGUCCCUAGCGGUCGAGAAAUACUAGUGGUCGGACUAAUAUAAAGGUUAUUAUUUAACGGCUGGUGUAAGGGAGAGUGAGUUCUAUGACAAGGAGACAAAGCGACCACAACACAUCAAGAACACUGGUGAUUACGUGGGGGAAGAGGGAAGGGGGUUCUUGUGCCUGGUUCCCCCUCCCUGGGGCAAGAAUGGGGGUGGCACUACCCCCUACACCCCCAACAUUGACAACCUCCUGGAAAGGUGCAACACCUGCCUGUGUCUUCCACACACACACACACGACCCACUCCAUCUCCCUCAACACCUGACUUCCUUCCGACCUCCAGCAGGCUUCCGGCCUCCAACAAGCAGCGGUGAGGAAGGAAAGCGAGUCUGAGGGCGCACAGGUGAGCCCCUCUGCCUCUCACCUGCCUCACCUCCCCCCCAUCUCUCCCAGGCAGCGGGAGGGACAUGAGUUAGUCGUAGUCAGUACUCCAGGCCCAUCACAGCGCUUACUGGUGUAGUGUGUACACGUGGGAGCCCCCUGGAAGGAGACACAGAGAAAGAGACAGACAGAAAUACACCACGAGAUUCCCUAAAAAGUCAAGUCCUAGCUUCGAGUAACCUUUCCAGGGAGACCAUUCACCAGCCAAGUCCUCCUCAAGACAUUCCCAAACUCACAUCCAGUUCACCACUUCAGAACCUCAAUUAGCAAUUGGAAUUCCCUUCAAAAUAUUCCUCAGAACUCACAAUACUGAUCUGCCUUCUCGCUUGUAAUCCCACCAACAACACAAAACAGAAAUGCCGUCCUGUAUUAAGGAUGUUCGAGGUACAGAACUCUUGUAAAACCAUUUUCACUUGGAACCUGUAUUCUAAAGUUAGAAAUAUUAUAACACCAUAGACUAUAUUACAUAUAUUACGAAUUAUGUUAAUGCACUGAAACUUUGAAUUAGAAGUCAAGAAUUACUUUGAGACAGCAAGUUAUUUCAAAAGCCCAUCUGAAGGCAAAAGCUCAAGAAUUACUAACAGAGCCUCAGAUAAGAACUCUCAAUUUAGAAACUUCAAAUUUCUCGAAGACUUAAUUCUAAUUCUAAAUGAGAAUCUCGUAGAACGUUAGACAAAAAAGACAAAUAUAUUUCCAAUUGGACAAAAUUGAAAGAGAGAACUUCCUGGCAAGUGUAGUGAUUAACUCUCGCCUGAGUCUUCACCAAGAGAGCACUUUGGGACACUCUGCCACAUCUUACUGAAAGCACACCGUAUGUAUCCUCCCAUGAGACGCUAUCUCUAGGGCUCCCGAGGAAUACAUACAGGGCGGUAGUCCAAGAAGAACGUUUUCAGAAGCCCAGGGAUACAUUAUACCACCUGAAAAUUGUCUCCAGGAGCCCAGGGAUACAUUCCACUUCGGAACCCGCAGUCAACAUCGUAAUCAUCGAAGAAAGCCUGUGAAACCCCAAAGGUAAACUAUAAAAAAUAGCUUUGAAGCCUCAGUAAACAUAGGUCACUCCUGUUAUGAGCACAGCCAAUCAGACCUCCCUGACCUGACUAGUCCAUCUUGCCUGACCUGACCACUCCAUCUACAAGAGAUCCCAUUACUGAACCCAGCGGACCGGCCUCCCCCAACACCUUCCAGCAGACUGCUGAGCUGCGCAGCGCACCUGCUUCAGGUGACUAUGAGUAGUGAGACCAGCAGUAGCGCGUCUCCCAACGGCGUCACACAGGAGACUGAAGGAUCUCCACAAGGCCUGUCCUCCUCCUCCUCAGCUGUCCCACAACAUGAAGGAGGCAGAAGGGUGGCCACCCCGGGGCUGCCUUCCACGGUGGUGUCGAUUGAACCCUGGCAUCAGCCCCAGCCAAGAGAACCCACACCCCAGGAUCAUCCCAGCGGGUUGAACUUAACAGUGUUAGCUACGACUAACAACAACAGCAGUGGACCGCCUUCCACCUGCGGCACGCCCGUCAUUAGCGAGGUGGGCGUGGCUACCAACGUCAUUAUCAGGGAAGACGUGAAUCUGUCCGCCCACACGCCCGUCAAGCAGGAGGAAGAGGAAGAGCUCAAACAUGCCUACACAGCCUCCUACGCCCACACCUACGCCCACACCAUCCAUGUCGCCCCCAAGGCAGAGGUGAAAGACGAGCUGGGGUCACCCCCUCCACCCUCAUCUGCAGCACCACACAUCACAGCCACGGUACAUGAACUCGACCAGGCCACUUACCAGUCACCGUACGCAGUUCAGAGCGUGGUGGUGUACGAGCCUAGCCACCAGGUCGACCACGUGCACGCCCACACCACCAUCGACGCCCACGGUCACGCCCACGCCCACCUGAGCAGCGAGGGCGCCACCUAUGCCACUCUGGAAUCUGCCCCACCUAUCACCACCCUCGCAUCGAUUCCCUACACCGACCCUUACUAUUACUACAAGACACAGGACAUGUACGUGAAGGAUGACGGGCGGCGCUCGGGGGCGUACGAGUUCGUGCAGUCUCCGUAUGGUCCAUCUGGGGGGCACGCCCACUCCAACGCCCACGCCCACCUCCAGAAGUCCGAACCCAUGUGGGCCGCGGGGCCCGAAUACACCCCAAUGCCUCCUUUGGAGUAUCUACCUCAGCAGGAGGUGAUGGAGCGAGGCACACCUCUGCCGCACCACACCUACAUGACACCGGCUGCAGCCGCAGCCUGGUGUGACCCUUACGAUACCAUCCUCCACACUGCCACGGGCGAGACAUAUCGACGCAUCGAACCAGGUGACCCGGACAGCAAUGAGAGCCGUGAGUGUGUCAACUGCGGUGUGAUGACCACCCCGCUCUGGCGCCGGGAUUCUGGAGGUCACUACCUCUGCAACGCCUGUGGCCUAUACAGCAGAGCCAACGGUAUCAACAGACCACACAUUCGCUCCCAGAAACGUCAGGUUACUCCAUACCCAGCGCCAGCAGCGGCUCCUCAGCCGCCACGACGUUCUGGUAUGACAUGCAGCAACUGUGAGACCACCAACACAACACUGUGGAGACGCAAUAACAGUGGUGAACCUGUCUGUAACGCCUGUGGUCUUUACUUCAAACUCCAUGGGGUAAGCCGUCCCCUCACUAUGAAAAAAGAGGGGCCUAUCCAAACUCGCAAGAGGAAACCUAAGAAUGCUGGAUCCUCUUCCUCUUCGUCUUCACAGCAACAACAGCAUCAACUGCAGCAACAUCACCACCAGCAGCAGCAACAGCAGCAGCAGCAACAACAACAGCAAGCCACCAACCGAUACUCCACAUCCAGUUUGAAUAUAGGCGGAAGCUCACCAAUAAAACCUCAAACAACCUAUGUGUCAACAGUGAUCACCAACUACGCUGACCACCACGCUGCUGACCACUACGGCGGUAGUACCAGCAGCAGCAGCAGCAGCACUUCUGUUCCUCUCCAUCACCACCACACUCAAGGCUCUCACCACCUGACCACGUCUGGGGGCUCGGUAUCAGUUGCAGGAGCAGCAGUAGGCCUAUCCAGCCUACCUCCGCAUAUGCCACCCCAGCUGUUGACGUAUCAGACCACAGCCUCCACAUCCCAACACAUCCUUCCCAAUUCUCAACACCUCUCCCACCAGGUCCAAAAGGAAAUACCUGUGCUGGAACCUCUAGAAGACUCCAACAUCAAGUACGAACAGUCAAGUUAGGUUACAAGAGGAACUCUUCACAGCCUACUGACGAGACCUACAAUGUGAAUAACACCUAUACGCAAGUUUCUGAAAAUCUAAUCACGUCUCUGUAAAGAAGAGAAUAACUACGUAAAUAAGUCUAAAAUUGGACUGAAGAGCUAAAAUAACAGGUACAGCUAGGCUCUAAUACAGCAGUAAUUAUAGCUUAAAUAGGAGACAGCUAAUAAAUCACCGCAGAGGUAAAGAUCUCAUAUCUUCAGUUUGACAUCACAGAAAGCAGUCGAAGCUAAUUUCUGAAGACAGUGACUUUCCCUAAGCUAAAUAUGGCAGCUCAUAACUUCAGUUUAAUGAAACGAAAAAAAAUAUAUUUACAUUUAUUGUUAUUAAUAUAACAAGUGUAAAAAAAUCUCUGAAUAUUUUUAAUUUUUUAAGUAUUUCACUUAAAGAAUUUUUUUAAAAGUUCUGAACCUUAGUUCUAUAUAUUUAUUCCAGUUUUUUGCCAGUGUAAAGAAACAGGAAAACAUCAAAUAGAAAGCCAAUAAAUUUUUUUUUCGAAGAUAAAUUUCAAAGAGCAAUGAUUUCACGUGGAAAAUUUAGAAAAAAGAAAGUUAAAAUCCUUUUGAUAAUAAUAAUAAUUUGAAAAUCCCUUCACUAACUCCCCGGUGUAUAUGGAGGCUUUCUGGCCAAGAGGAAUGUAAUAAAGAAAAUAUCAGUACAAAUGUUUUUCUGUGUAGAUUCUUUGUUUAUUUUCAUGUUACAUAAUUUAUAUCACGUAUCUUAGUAUUCGUCCAAAUUAUUUGGAUUUUUUUUAAGAUGUAUGAAAUGGUUUGGGACACAACGAUUGACUUUCCCUCAGGAAAACUGGAAUAAAAGCCAUGCAAAUUCUUUGAUACGUCAGGUAAAGUAAAUUAUUCUAUGCUACACAGAUUCAAUGAAUGUUAAGUUGAAGUGUUGUUCUUGUUUCUGAAUCAAAUAUUUACGUAUCCAAAAAUUUGCAUAAUAAAUCAGGGAGCAGUGUGGUUGAACUCAUGGUGAGUCACAAUGGAAAAAUAAACAUAUGUAGUAUAAUGCGAUUCUUUAUUGUCUACGUUUCGCCCACACAGUGGGUUUUAUCAGUCACAAACAGAUCUACCUGGAUAUAUUAGAGAUGUAUCGGAUAUGGAAAUUUAAAUAUCCGCGGAUGUGGAUGUGUAUGAGGAUGUUUUAAUUGUUUUGCGGAUGCGGAUGUAAGACAUUGUGUGGAUAUUCUGCGGAUGUGCAUGCGGAUGCGGAUAUCCGAUACAUCACUGGAGUAUAUAUAGUGUGGGGAGUGAAGUAAACAUGUAUGCUCAUGUACUCUUUACCCAAGUAGAUCUGUUUGUGAUAAAGCCCACUGUGUGGGCGAAACGUAGACAUUAAACUGCUUAUUUUUCCAUCGUGUCGGCAUUUUAUACCAAUUAUCUCCAAGUCCCAGAACACACUGGCCUGUGAGUUUCACAACUCGCCAGCCAUGAGUUCGACCCCCACUAGUUCCCUGGUUUGUGUGCAAUCAUGUUAACACGAUUUCGUGAGUCAUGAUUUAUAUAUUUCGCUUUUCCUCUGGUGUGAAUUUUCAGAUGAUCCAGAUAAUUGUGUUGUGGUUUGGGAGUUGUGAUUGAGGUGAUGUGUUGAGAUAACUGAAUGGUUGUAAAUAAUUGUAUAUAAUAUAUUGUUAGUAUAACUCAGUGAUAUUUGUCCUUGAUAGAGGCUAAGAUAUAAACAAACAUUGUAAACAAAAGCGCCAUAUACUUUAUUGAGGCUAUUUAGUAAAGCACAAUGAAGAGCAGUAAACCAAAAUUAUUUUAAGUUUAUUUAAAAAUGUUAAUAAAAUCCAAAAAGGGACCAAUGCGUCAGAAAAAUGUAUUUCUCUUGAUUAUUUACAUAUAAAAAUUUAAAUA